AUGUCCAUUGGAUGCUGGUCAGAAUGGCGCAAACUGCCUGUGACCCUCACUGAGCUGUGUAUCAACACUACGCUGAGAUGUGGACAAACGUUCAGAUGGCGGCGAACAGCUGAAGAUGAAUGGAGUUGUACCCUGCAAGGGCGCAUUGUUUCAUUACGACAGGAUGCAACCCAUCUUCAUUAUAGGUCUUUUCCUUCUCAUUUCAAUGCUGGGGACAUUUCGAAGAGUGAUAAUACCGAAGCAUUAAUAUACCACUACUUUGAUCUGGCCACGAAUCUGUCGGACCUAUAUGGACAGUGGGCCUUAGCAGAUGUAAAUUUCAAAAAGAAAGCGCUUCACUUUACUGGAAUUCGUAUUUUACGCCAGGAUGCAUGGGAGACUUUGGUCUCUUUCAUAUGCAGUAGCAACAAUAACAUAACACGAAUAUCACAAAUGGUGGAAAAGUUAUGCGCCGACUACGGUCCCUUAAUUGGCCAUAUCGAUGAGAAGCCGUAUCAUGGUUUCCCAUCGCCGUCAGCUUUGACGGGUGCGGGCGUCGAAUCUCGCCUUCGUGAGCUAGGGUUUGGUUACCGCGCCAAAUAUAUCUAUCGAACAGCUCUCAUGGUUGCAAACGAGCGCAAACCUGGAUGGUUGGACUCCUUGAGAAACCCAAUACGCCCUGCCUUUGGCCAACUAGAUACAGCGGAUGAGGUUAUUGAGUAUCGCCAAGCGCACGAAAAGUUAUUAGAACUGCAAGGUGUGGGGCCAAAGGUUGCUGAUUGCAUAUGUCUGAUGGGGCUGGGCUGGGGUGAAGCUGUACCUGUCGAUACUCAUGUUUGGCAAAUUGCUCAGCGUGAUUACAAAUUUGGAAAAGGAAAACAGAAGAGUCUUACAAAGGCGACAUACGACGCCGUAGGAGACCACUUCCGGAAACUCUGGGGAAAGGAGGCUGGCUGGGCUCACAGCGUUCUGUUUACAGCGGACUUGAAAACUUUCUCCGAUCGACUAAAUACCGCUAAAGAUGCUAAUAAGGAAUCAUUGCACAUUAAAGAAGAGUCUGAUGGUGAACCACUGACGAAAAAUGAGUCUAGAAACCUGGUUUUCCUAAAAAGAGAGCUCACGGACGGCCCAGAGGAUGACAAGACUUCCAUGGUUGACUCAGCUGCCUCAACCACGACUACGAAAAGACGUAGAACCAGACGCCGAUAG